GACCGUAAAAAUAUUUUCCCUGGCAUCUAUUUCUAUAUGGAAAGUAGUUAAAUGCAAGGAAGUUUGAGGAGUUUGGGGAUGGGGGCUGAGGAAGAUCGGCAAAAUCUUCCAGCAGAAAAUGCGACUGAACUGGCAGGUAAGGAGGGGAGUGCAGUCCAUCCAUGGGAAACUGCCCGGGCAAAGGCACGAUGAGGGGAAAAUGCGGACUUCCCAGUGACGUAGCCGGUUCUCCCCAACAUUCUGACCUAUCAACCCCAGCUCGGGAGCUUUCUUUCAGUAGAAAGCACUCGGUCCCAGGACCCCAGCAAAUAGAGGACCAAUUAGGGAGCCUGAGCUGCGGUCUGCUUUCUGGUUAAUUACUUCGCGGUUAGUCUGCUCCUAACCGCAAGCCCCGCGAGCACGCUCCUUGGGACCGCACGGAGCACUUGACAGCCGGCUAGUCCGGGGCCAGCUCGCCAAGUCCAGUUCGGGAUCCUCCGCGUGGGAAGGAACGCGGGAGAAGCUGGAGGUCCCGGACAAGUAGCGGCCCCUCCCUCCACCUGUUACUCCGGGGAGCCGAGGCCCCGCCCCCUUCGGGGCUCCUUGGGGGCGGGGCGGCCGCUGCUCCCGGGAUGGGGGGCGGGGAGCUGAGGCUGCUGGCGGAGUGGGUUGUGGCUUUGACUGCGGCGGCCGAAGUCGCUCUGCUCCGAGCGGCCCGGGGAGGGCGGGUUCUUCUCUGUAGGCUGUGGGCUAAGAGACUCAGACGCGAUUUCCGAGGACCUCGAUGUUCGCCCUGCGUACCCGCCGCAGCGCGAUGAUGCUCCACGGGUUUUCCAUUUUCUGUUACCAGAAGGACAUUAACUGAAAGCACUGCAACAAUUGGGAUGUUGCGGCAGAACGGUGGAAGUAACAAGCGUGGUUUAUCAUUUGCCCGAUUUUCUCUAUGUAAUCUUUUCCCUCUUCCUAAUUCUGGAAACUGGAGGAUGGGGCACUGCACCAAAAGCAAUUCUUUGAGCAGCAUAAAUUCCAACCCAAACAGCCCCAUUAUUGAUCCAGAGUAUGUGAAGCAGUUGGUCAAUGAUGUCAGAAAGUUUGCCGAGUUGUUGCUGUGUUUGAAAGAAACCAUCCUUUCAGAAGACCAUCAAUCUUGUCUGCAUGAUGUGGUUCAUGAACGUCUUGGAGAGCUGCUGAGAAUUCUUCAAGCUAUAAUAAAGAAACACCAAAUCCUUAACUCAGCUGAUAUUCUCAGUGCUGCAGGAGUAAUGAUUGCAAAAGUGAAAGCUGUGGACUUCAACAACAUUAAUGAAGAAAAUAAGAGACAUCUUUUCAGUGAAAUAUUUUCUUCUAUUGAAUCAUUGGCAUUCACCUUUGGCAACGUUGUUUCCGAUUUCCUCAUGGGAGAUGUAGACUGUGGUUCAUCAUCAGAACUUCAUGUGUCUCAAAAAAGUCAAUCAUCAGAAAACAUUUCUGUGGAAUCAUUGGGAUUGCUACAUGAAAAAGAUAAUCUUCAAGGACCUCUGUGGCCCAAAGAACUGGAUAGCAUGCUUCUGAGAAAUGAUGAUGGAGUUGAAUUGGCUUUGUCAUAUGCUAAAAUGUGGUCAAAAUAUACCAAGGAUAUAGUUACAUGGGUUGAGAAAAAAAUUAGCCUGGAACUGGAGUGUGCUAGAAACAUUGCAAAGAUGGCAGAGACCACUAAAGCCAUUAUUGGAUUCCAGGAAUUUAUGCCAUUUCGGGCUUUAUUCAUAAAUGCUUUUGAUAAUGAUAUUGAGAGCAGUCAGCUUUCACAACACACAGCAGCAGCUCUUCAAGCCAACAAAUUUGUUCAGCCUCUGCUUGGGAGAAAAAGUGAAUUGGAUAAACAGAGGAAAGCAAUUAAAGAGCUUUGGCAACGAGAACAGAAGAAAAUGCAAGAGACAGAGGCAUCUCUCAAAAAGGCAAAACUCCUGUGUAUACAACAGCAGACUGAAUAUGAAAAAGCCAAGUCUUCCACAGUGCGUGCUGAAGAGGAGCAUCUGAGCUCAAGUGGAGGGCUUGGGAAAGAGGCCAGCAAGCAGGUAGAGAAAAAGCGAAGGCUGGAAGAAGAGGCUCUGCAAAAAGUUGAAGAAGCAAAUGAACAUUACAGGAUCGUUAUGAUAGAUAUGGAAGAAAGGCGAAAUGACUUAGACCGUACGAAAAAUGAAAUUUUAAUACAACUUCAUAAUCUUCUUUUGCAAUGUGAUCUAACUCUUAAAGAUGUCAUAAUAAACCUCUUCCAGAUACAACAUGAGCACCUUCUCUCUCUUCCAAUUAACUGCCAAUCUCUCUGGGAGAAUGCCAAGUCAUAUGACCCUGGGAGAAACUUUGCAGAGUUUGUAAAGGCAAAAACUUCACCGAAGGAGGAUGUUCAUCAUAAAUCUUUUUCUUUUGACAAUUUAAAAAUUGAUGGAGGGCUGCCCUCUUGCCGAUCAUGGUCAGUUGGUCAUCAAGGUAGUGGAAUGUGCAGUGAUUCAGAGAGUGCUGGAGGAAGCAGUGAAUCAAGGUCCAUGGAUUCUCCUUCUGCUAGUCCAGGAGAUUUUAAACGCAGGCUUCCUCGUACACCAUCAAUGGGGACUAUGUCAUCUGCUGAUGAGCUUGAUGAAAGAGAACCACCAUCUCCUUCUGAGAUUGCCUUAAAUGAACAUUUAGCUGAAAUUAAUUCCCCCGGGCCAUUUCGAAAUGUAAUUAAAUCAAAAGCUGCUCUUAGCCACAAGUUUCGGAAACUGAGGACUCCAUCCAAAUGUAAGGAAUGUGACAACUUAGUUAUAUUCCAAGGAGCAGAGUGUGUAGAGUGCUCCCUUGCUUGUCACAAAACGUGUUUGGAAACCUUGACUAUUCAGUGUGGGCACAAGAAACUUCAUGGCAAGUUACAUUUAUUUGGUGUGGAAUUUGCUCAAGCUGCUAAAAAUGCCCCUGAUGGCAUCCCCUUCAUCAUUAAGAAAUGUACCUCAGAAAUUGAACGAGCCUUGCAUGUGAAGGGCAUCUACCGUGUGAAUGGAGCUAAAAACAGAGUUGAAAAACUCUGCCAAUCCUUUGAAAAUGGAACGGAUUUAGUAGAACUUUCAGAAUUCUCUGCACAUGAUAUCAGCAAUGUUCUUAAAUUAUAUCUUCGUAAGUUACCAGAACCCUUAUUUUUGUUUCACCUUUAUGAUGAGCUUAUUGGCCUUGCCAAAGAAAGCCAGAAUGUAAAUGAAGACUCAAAACAGGCAGGCCCUGAAGCUGUAAAUGCUGAACUAAAUAAAGUCCUGAAGAAAAUCAAAGCUCUUCUAAAAAAACUUCCAGGACCAAACUAUAACACUAUCGAGUACCUUAUUGGCCAUCUUAAUAGGGUGGUCCAAAAGUCUGAAGAAAAUAAGAUGCCAGCCAGUAAUCUGGGGAUAAUAUUUGGGCCAACUCUGAUCAGGCCUCAGCAGACGGAUGCUAAGGUUUCCCUUUCCUCUCUGGUGGAUUGCACUCAUCAGGCUCGAUUCGUGGAGCUUCUUAUAGCUAAUUAUGAGAAGAUUUUUGAUGUAUGCUUGCUGCCACUUUCAGCUUCUACCAGUGAAAGCCCCACCUUCAAGCUCCAAAAGCUGGAGUCAUGUUUGGCUUCAGAAGAAGGCAUCCCGCUUUCCCAUAACGAGAGUGUAAUUUCAGAAACAGCCACAUCAUUUGGAGGACUACAUGACAAUAAAAAUGCACUAGAAGAAGCCAAUGCAAAUGCAGUAGAAAAUGCCAUGUCUUCAGUUUUUGAUGAGAUUGAAAUCCAUCCCUUGAAGAACAAAGAUCAUUUUGAAGCUGACAGUCAUUCAAAUAUAAAAUGUAAUCAAAUAACUUUGAGAACACCAAGGAUAAAGACAUCAGUUAGACCCGUGAGUCUGCCUGGAGAUCAGUUCCUUCUUCCAAACUUUUUAAAUGAGAACAGUUCCAAAAACAUAAGAACUGUAAAUUCAGAUAAAUUUGGUAAGAGUUCAACCACUGAAGAAACGUCUGAAACAAAAUCUUUUCCUAACUCAUCCUCUAGACUUUGCUGUUAUGACCCCAAAACUUGGGACAAACAAGUUAGACAAUAUGAUAAUAUGAAUACAAGGACUGCAGUUAUCAUGCCCAAUACACUCCAAGAAAACAGAGAACUAGACAGUGGUACAAAUUGUGUUUUAUCUUUCAUCUCCGAUAAAGCUCGAUCCAGUGCCAUGCACCUCAGCCAGCCAGACAUGGUACCAGUCACGGUGCCUAGAAUAACAGAAGAAGGAUGCUCUUCAAAUUCUCAUCCUCUUCCUGUUUUCAGGGCACGGAGAACUCUGCAGCCCCCACCAGGGACAUUUUAUAUGCCACAUCCUAACAAUAAGGUAAAAGGAAAUGAGGAAAGUUUUUCAGAAACUCAUACAGCAGCACCUAUUAGUGUCAAUCAGGAAAAUACUGUGAAUUUUGUUGUCAACUCAGAUUCACCUAGACGGCAGGUAAAUCAACCCAAAGUUAGCCCUGAAGAACUUCGUCCAUCUGAUGUGAAACCAGUGUGCCAGAGACUAAGACCAAAACGGAUUCAAGAACUAGAGCAAAGAGAAGCACAGUUUGUGUAGAAUUGCCAAAUCUUGGUGGGCAAGAGGGAAUUGUUUGUUUGGUUGAGAAAUAGGAUAAUAGGAAUGUUGUAGGAAGUCUAUUCAUAAUUGGGUAAAAAGCAAAGUUUGAGUAUCUUCAUUGGGACCAUUUUGUGCCAUAUUUGAGUUAUUUUUAUAAUCAUUUUUAAAGUUAUGCUAGAAGGGUAUUAUGAACUAAAAUGAAGUUGACUUAUUUUUUACUUUAAUAAGUUGUUUUCUUUGGGGGGGUUUGAAGCACAAUUUGUCUAGGGUUGCCAAAUGUUGCAUUUUAUUUUUCCUUUGGUUGAGAGAAAGGAUACUAGGAAUGUUGUAGAAGUCUAUUCUUAAUAAGGUAGUAAGGAAAGGUU